AAUGAAAAGACCAUACGUCACGUGCCCGCCUCUUACUCCCAACCCCAUCAUUUGAGGAAAUACGCGACAUUUUCGUGUGAUUAGCGCCAGAUCUAGCUGUUUCGGCCACUGUGUUUUAAUACAGAUGAAAUCGUAGGAUGCAAUUUAAACGGACGGAGGUAUUCUAGCGACAUUCACGGACUGAACCGGAGUUUGCUUUUCAAGGGAGCUGAGAUUGAAGAAGUCUGUGUGCCUGGUUUACAAGUGGCGGAAAGCAGUGAAUCAUGGCAGAAAACAACUUCCCUCCCCUUCCUCGCUUCAUCCCCCUUAAGCCAUGUUUUUACCAAGACUUCAACGAGAUCCCAGACCAACACCGCACUAUGUGCAAGAGGCUCUACUACCUCUGGAUCUUGCAUAGUGCCACGCUAGCUGUUAAUCUGAUUGGUUGCCUGGCAUGGAUGUGUGGAGGCGGUGGAGCUACCAACUUUGGCAUGGCUAUCCUGUGGCUCAUCCUCUUCACCCCUUGUUCCUACGUGUGCUGGUUCAGGCCCAUCUACAAGGCCUUGAAGACAGACAGCUCAUUCAACUUCAUGGCUUUCUUCUUCGUCUUCAUGGCCCAGGUGGUGAUCAGUAUUAUCCAGACUGUUGGCAUUCCAGGCUGGGGAGUUUGCGGUUGGCUGGCCACCAUCACCUUCUUCAGCACCAACAUUGGCUCAGCUGUGGUCAUGCUGAUUCCCACCAUCAUGUUCACUGCAGUGGCUGUUUUAUCCUUCAUCGCCCUCUCAAAGGUGCAUAACUUCUACCGCGGCAGUGGUGGCAGCCUGGGUAAAGCCCAGGAGGAGUGGGCUACGGGUGCCUGGAAAAACCCCCAUGUCCAGCAGGCAGCCCAGCAGGCCGCCAUGGGGGCUGCUCAAGGCGCCAUGCAGCAGAAUCAGUACUCAGCAGCUCCCACCUACAACUACGACGAACCCAUGUAGGACAGAGGAGUAGGCCAGGCGGCUGAGUGGGAGAACUAAAAAGGGAUCAAUUAAGAACACAAUUCAGAAUUAGGUGCCCGUCAUUAUAACACUGUAAUGCUGAACUCAAACAGAACAAUGUAAAAGUCAUGUUUUUGGUGCAAAUGUACUGGGAUUUCAUUAUUUUACUCGGUUCACAUUUAAAUCAACAGUUAUUUUAAAAAACAAAAAAUGUUGCUGUUGUUUUAUGCUGCUCAGUUGUAGCUGGUCGGUGUUGUUUUCCAACAGAGACACAUAGCCUAAAAUAGGUAGACCCAGUCCCCUGAGCAUCUUCAGUUUAUUUGAGUAGGUGGUCUCCAAUGUCACUCUGUAAAUUUUCUAAUGAUCUUUAAUGUGAUAUUUAUGGGACUGAAACAGCUAUAUUGUUAAGGGUCUUUACUUUUAUUAGCCUUGAAGAUCACCAAUGCUGAAACAGUUAUUUCUCAGCUGAUGUAAUGGACUAGCUGUUUGGCUAAAUUCUUAUAUACAAAUGUCAAGAAUUUUUUAUUUCCCAUUAAAGGAAUAGUUUGACCAUCUUGGGAAACACCUUAAUUCACUCUCUUGCUUCAGGGUUAUAUAUAGGGUAUUAUAAAAUUAACCUUUGCUAGCAGCCAGUUAGCUUGAAUUA